AUGUUUCCUCGGACACCCGGCGAGUAUACCGGCCCAAUGCCAUAUGAACAGGGCGGCCCUCAUCCGGAAGAGGGGAUGAACAACUACUAUGAAACGAUUCAUUCUCAGUGGCCUGGGAGACGUCACAUACUGACUCGCCCUGGCGCUCCACAGUCCCCGUAUGGAGGCGUUCAUCACCCUUACAGUUCCACGGCAGCUUUCCCCCCUACGGCCAUCUUAACACCCAUCAGCCUUCCCGACAGCUCCUUUGCACAUGCCCGACCCAGUCCCGUUCUCAGUCAUCACUCGCAAGAAUAUGUAUAUGGCAUGGCCGAAUCUGUCCCUCCACAUGGGCUGGGUAUCACCGCACCCUUCCCAAGUGAUUUCCCUCGAACUGUUACUGCUAGUCUAGCCACUGUCCCAGACCCAGAUUAUGCCUUUAGUGGUGCCACCCUAUCACCUCCACCACCUCCGGUCAAGCGGCCUCGGCGAAGUCCUAAACCAACCGUAGCAGCGCGUGAAGGGCCCGUUAGCAUUCUACCUCAUCCAGAAGGGCUCCAGCGAUUGGAGCAGGAACGCCGGCGGGAACAAGUUGAUCCUCAUUCACACCAGCGUCCUCGGGCUCCAGGCCGAGGGCGGCGAGACCCGCAAGCAGAAGAAGAAGAUGCAUUUGUCGAACAGCUUCGCGAACAGAACCUGGCAUGGAAACACAUCCGGGAGAUGUUUCGAGAAAAGUUCAACAAGGACGCAUCAGAGGCUCGCUUACAGAUGCGGAUGCUGCGCAGGCGCAAGGAGCGCCUGGCUCGGUGGGAUGAGAGCGAUGUGAGUACGUACAUCAAAAAUUAA